AAAUUAUGAGUACCAUAAAACAAACUUAAUUAGAGAUAAACAGAGAAAACAUGCAACAACCAGUGCAUGUUUUCCUUUUUAAUCUCAUAGCCGUUUAAUAACUCUUUCAUUUUCUUGUCUUUAUUUAUUUUUUUUUAUUUUUUAUUUUUGUAUAUAGAAGGAUCAAUCAGUUCAUGCAUGUUAAUUAUAAUUAGAAAUUUAGAACUGAACAAACCUGCUUGGACCGGAGCUGAUUUCAUAUAGUGGACAAAUAAGAUGGGAAGUGCUCGAAACUUCCAAUCUCUUAAAUUAAUGUAACUGUUUUAUAAUAUAAAUAAUAUUGUUUGUUAAAAAAUAAAUAAAAUAAUCUACCACUUCCUUUACAAAAAAAAAUAAAAAAAUAAAAAAAAUCAAACUUGCUUAAUAAAAAAGGACUGUCAUUGCUCACUUCCUACGUUUUAAUGUAAAUAAUAUUAUUUGUUAAAAAAAAUAAAGGAUUGCCACUAGAAGGUAAAUUGAAAGCAAAAGGGUUAAUAAUAGAAUUACCAUCCAAGUUCCAACUAAUUAACCCCACUGGUUUUUACUCUCCACCGUAUAAAUUUGAUGCAUCAUCCACCCUGUAAUCACUGCAACUUGACACCCCGGCAAAACCCAAGCCAUCCGCUUCAUUUUUUACCCAACACGAAUAUUCCCCCCGACUAUUCCGGACCCGUCAAUUUCCCCAUAACUCUUCGUUUUUUUUUUUUUUUUUUUUUAAUCCACCCCACCCGCCGCCCUCCUCUCCCACUCGCCUCUCCCCUCUCCAUCCACCGGCAAGCGAUGCGCCGACGACCUUCACGUUCUUGAAUCUCAUCAAGGCCGUCCGUUUUCUCUUUUCCUUCUUUCUCGAUCGAUUCUCGGCCCUCCGAUUCCCCCUGAGAACCGACGACGAUGAUGAUGAAGAAAGAAAACGGAGACGAUCACGUGCACGUCUUGGAGAUCAACCUCAUCUCCGCCCAGGGCCUCAAGCCUCCCUCCGCCGCCCUCCGCCGCAUGCAGACCUACGCCCUCGCCUGGGUCGACUCCGCCCACAAGAUCCGCUCCCGGGUCGACAAGAUCGGCGGCGAGAACCCGACGUGGAACGAUCGGUUUCUCUUCAAGGUCCCGUCCGCAUUUCUCUCAAGCGAGACCUCCCAGGUCUCCAUCCAGAUUUACGCCGUCGGCUGCUUCAGCGACCACCUCGUCGGCACCGUCCGACUUCUCAUCAACAACUUUCUCGACGUCGCGUCCAAGGUUCCGUCGUUUACGGCCAUACAAAUUCGGAGACCUUCUGGAAGAUUCCAAGGCGUGUUGAAUGUGGCCGCGAUGGUGAUCGACGGCUCGUACCUGGCCCCGGCGGUGAGCGAGUUGUCUGCGGUCGGGUACCGCGACCUGAUGGGAAAGGGAGAAAGCUUCCGGCGCCGGCGACGCGACAGCAUGAAGAGCAAAUCGAGUGAUUACUCCGGCGAUUCGAAGGAAAACUCUUUCACUGAGUCGGCGGAGAACUCAGACGUCGGCGGGUCGGCGGCAUCAUCUCCGGCGACGCCGUUACCGCCUCUGAAGGAGUUGAACACGAUCACCGAAUUGGCGGGAACAACAAGGCAGGUGUUGAAGGCUCGUCCAACGGACGGCUCGCGUUUCCUGUGCUGCUUGCUGACGCAGAGGAAAAUUCAAUACAGUCCGUCGGAUGAGAACGCAGAUGGGGCGCACAGCAGAGAAAGGUAAAAAGAAAGAGUAAAACGGUAAAAGAGUCAAAAAAGUUUGACGAGCGUGGAGGUUAUUCGUGUGAAUAAUGCCGGUGGAGGGAUGGAGAUUAAAACGGUAAUGAGAGAGGAUUAAGAGUAAGAGAGUGCAAAUUACGGAUUAAUGAGGAGUUUGAUUACGAGUAGCCAGAGUUUAGUUUCUUCUUGAUUCUAAAAUAAAAAUGUAGGAAUCAGGCAGGCACUGGAGAUUGUUGGCUUCUAUUAAGCAUGUAAUUUUGCUUUUUGUGCAAACAAUGUGCAAUUAGUCAUGCAAUAAUCUCAUCAAAUUUUCCUCUAA